UUACAAUUAAUUGCGCAGAGAAUCCGAGAGCUCGACACUGGUCAUCGAAUCAUAUCCUGGCCCGCCCGAGUCAAAAUACACUGACACUGAAGCCAUGUCAUCCUUCAACGACCAAGGUUUCCCUGUAGUUCAUCUCUCCGAUGAUGGUUGGUCCAAUGAGGACGAAGCCACUGCUACCUGCUUUUGCGGAGCUGUGCAACUAGUUUUGCCACUCCAAAAACCCGGUCUCAUAAACCGCCACAUCUGCCACUGCACCGAUUGUCGCAAAAUUGGCUCCGCCUUCUACCAAUCCAACAUUACCGUCCUCUCCACCCACCUCAAACACACCCGCGGCUCCGAAAACCUCACCACCUUCAGCGAAACCAAAACCAUCCGCGCCUCCACCUCCAUGGAAAACGAUUUCUGCAAAACUUGCGGGACACUGAUGUAUAGACGUGGAGAAAGGUUUCCUGGAUUGACGAUUUUGAGGACGGGAACGGUGGAUGAUUUGGGGUUGGCGGAGGGGAGGUUGAGACCGCAGGUUGAGCAGUUUAUUGAGAGGAGGGUGGGGUGGUCGAAGCCGAUUGAGGGGGCGGCGCAGGUGGUGGGGAUGCAUGGGCCAGAGGAUAUUGAGGGUAUUCCGUAAGACAUUGACGUGGAUGAGAGCGUAGGUGUCAGCGGCUAUAUGUAAAGAUUAGAACAUGCCUCUAGUUAUAACGUUGUGCCUACAGAAGAGUGGAGGAUAGGCAGAUUGAGGA